AGUGCGGUGAAAUCCAAUGAGAGUGAGGUUAUGUCAACACGUUGCAUUACAAAGCGCAACGCUCUACGUCACACGUUAUUUAAACAGAAAGUGUUUUCUAUCCGUUGCCAAACCUGCUGUGACACCCGGACGAGUUUUCCCCUUCUUCAGCGACCUUGAAAUACUUUGGAAUAAGAGUCAAUGCAAUGCCUGCGAGUGUCUCAGCCGGUACAGGAUGAUAAGCUCGGAGUCUCUGACCCUGCUGUCGCAAAUGGGUGCAGAACAUCGUGGAGAAAAUGUGCGAUUUCCCGGGCCCCUGUACACAUUGAUUGGCAAGGCUACGGUGGAAGACCAGGUGAGGUUUCUUGCCUUGACCUUAGAACAAAUCAUCCAACUCAUGGAUGCCAGAGAGCACAUGAAUUCAGUGAAAUGGAACCACAAGACCAUUGAUCAUUUUCUAAGUGUCCUGCACAGGCAGUCAUCUGAACUAAAAGAAUGUGUGGCUCAAUACCAUAAGUCAUCACACAAGAAGGCUUAUGAGAUAAGAAUAAAAAGGCACUUCAGGGAUUUAAUGAAAAUUCUAAAGAAAAAGGAAUACAGUGCUCAGGGAUGGGAACAGAUCCGGAGAGCUGUGAGAAGUCACCUUAAUAGGAUGGACAUCAUUGCAAGCCAUGCAAAGACCCUGCUGAGAUAUUAAAAGACAGAACUGGGGACAGAAGGAAAGAACUGCUUGACUUUGUGACAUAUUCCAUAAACUGAAGAAGAAUUCUGGACAAACAAAGACUUAUGACAAAAAAAAAAAAAAAAAAACAAACAAACAAAAAAAAAUAAUAAUUAUUAAUAGAUGUUGUUUAUCUAAUUAUCUCGCUUUUGUAUUUAAUUUCAAUGAACGUAGCACUAAUUUGUGCAGGAUUGUAACAAAGUUUACCUUACGUGUUCUUUAUGAAAACUUGAAAAAAAUCAAAUGAAACAAGCUGGUUAUGUUUCUCACACAUAUCUGACCAAUUAACAAACUGAAACCUAUUUAUUUUGUCUUUUGAUGAGGGUUGUUCUUUGUGCAACACUCAGAUGAAGUUAUUAACUUGUUCACUUCUUCUUGAAGAAAAAGCACAGCACUUUGGAUAAAGUAUUCAUUACAUUUCAUUUAGUCAGCAACUCAGCUAUACACAUGAUUAUCAGGUAUAUUUGAGAUAUUUUAUUUAGGUCCACAUAUUUAUAAAUUUUUUAUUGUUCUGUGUUAUUUAAAUGUGUUCAUUUAUUUAUUUAUUUGCUGUAAAAGUUUUAAAAUGAAAAAAUGUUUUAUACUAUUUAUAAGAUGAAGAAAUAAAUAUUAUUUAUUGAAACUA